AGGCGGAGGAUUUCGUUUGGGAAUUAGGAGACUGAGAUGACUCUUACUUUCGACCAGGAAUGUUUAUUUACAAUGGAAAUACCUGCCUUAGAAAUAUAGAGGCGAUAGCUUAGUCGUGAAGAUAAAUAGAUAAACGAAAAAAAUCACACUAUUAUUUUGCCGGGUGUGAAGUAGCGCAGACCAGCGAAUGAAUGUGAAAUGCGCAGCACGUUGAAAUGAUUCUUUUACCAAGACCUUGUAGUCCAGAUAGUUGUCAGGCAGGUUUCACUUUGCCGUGUCAUUAUUGUGUUAACUCUAUUGAGGUCACUUUACAACACAUAGACUAAAAAGAAAGAUCGAGUGUUAACGUUAUUACAUUUUAUAUUUCUAAUAAUGUAAUUAUCUGAAUCCACGUUUGUCACAUUUAACUUUCUAACAGGUGUUGGAAGAUGAAGGUUGCAGUAAUCAUAGGCUUCAACCUGGUGUUCACUCUGGUGGACAUUGUGGUCACCACAGUUUUGUAUGCCCAUGGAACAAGCCUUGAUGUAUUUGCAGAUGAAUCAGAAGACUUUGACAUACACCGCUCAACGCUUGACGUUUGGGGGAUGGUCCUGAUACGGGCCGUUCUUCUUUUGGGUGCCUCUAUUGGGGUGUUCUUGAACAGGAGCGAUGGCCCACGGAGAGUAUCCAACCUGGGCACACUGGUGGCUCUCAUCUGCCUCACCAAUAUGACUUACGCUCUGGCCAAGUUGUUGAUGCUUUCUGAGGAGGUGGAUCUCAUGUAUGACCCCUGGUUCUUGAGUUUAUUCUCCUGGACUUGUUUGUCAGCAAUAGUCACCAUGAUCUCAUGGAAUCAGAUGACUCAGGGAUCCAGUGUUGCGUCCGACAGGGAAGAUAAUGAGGAGAGGGAGAGAUUGGUGGAUAGCAUUGAGGAAGAGGACGAAUCCAGUGAGAAGAGUAGGAAAUCAAAGAAUGAACAUUCCCAUUCAGGGGCCACGAUUGGCCGUCUGUUAUCGUACUGUAAGAAGGACUCCGCAUUGCUGGGCGUAGCUUUUUUCUUUCUUCUCCUGUCUGCUGUGUGUGAAGCUUUUAUACCGUAUUACACAGGAAAGGCAAUAGAUGGCAUAGUUAUUCAUAAAAGCAUGGAUAGUUUUACCAAACCGAUAAUUACUCUCACUGUGUUGGCUUUGGCAAGCUCCGUAGCCAGUGGGUUUCGUGGAGGAGUCUUUUCAUUAACAUUUGCCAGGUUGAACAUUCGACUGCGAAAUGUUCUCUUCAGAUCACUAAUGAAUCAAGAAAUUGGUUUCUUUGAUGCCAACCAUACAGGUAAAAUAAACUCUAGACUUACAUCAGACACUACUCAGGUGAGCGAUCUGAUCUCACAGAACGUGAACCUGUUCCUGCGUAGCUUCGUGAAGGGUAUGGGCAUGUUCAUAUUCAUGUUUGGGAUGUCCUGGAAGUUGUCUCUAGUCACCCUCAUGGGUUUCCCAUACAUUGGUGUCGUCUCCAAGCUUUACGGAGAGUAUUACAAGAAACUAACCAAAGAAGUUCAGACAGCACUUGCUCAGGCCAAUAAAGUGGCAGAAGAGACAAUAUCAGCAAUGAGAACAGUACGAAGUUUUGCAAAUGAGGAACAAGAGAGUGAUUCGUACUACAACAGGCUACAAGAGAUGUUCAGUCUCAACAAAAAGCAAGCGGUUGCUUAUGCCUGCUACAUGUGGUCCAGCUAUAUCUCUGAAUUGGCCUUACAAAUAGCAAUCCUGUUUUAUGGAGGUCACCUGGUAGUGACAAAUCAAAUGAGUGGAGGCACCCUCAUUUCCUUUAUCAUCUAUGAGCUGGAGCUCGGAGAGGCCCUGGAGAAUAUAUCAUCGGUGUACACAGGUCUGAUGCAGGGUGUUGGCGCUGCAGAGAAAGUGUUUGAAUAUAUUGACAGAAAACCUAAACAUGUUCUCGAUGGCCAAGAAGCUCCGGAGGCAUUUGAAGGGAAGGUGGAAUUUAAAAAUGUGACAUUUGCCUAUCCAGCACGGCCAGAAAUGCAUAUAUUAAAGAACGUGUCCUUCAGUCUGCGCCCUGGGCAAAUAACAGCUCUGGUAGGGCCCUCUGGUGGUGGUAAGAGCUCAUGUGUGUGCUUGCUGGAGAACUUCUAUGCCCCUCAGCAAGGUCACGUGCUAGUGGAUGGACGACCUGUAAACACUUACCAGCACCAUUAUUAUCACUCUCAGGUUUCACUGGUGGCUCAGGAACCUGUUUUGUUUGCUCGCACUGUUCAGAGGAACAUCUCUUAUGGUUUGCCUGAUGUUCCCAUGGAGACCGUCAUCAAAGCUGCUAUUAAUGCCAAUGCACAUGACUUUAUAACUGGCCUCUCCAAUGGUUAUGACACUGGCGUUGGGGAGAAGGGCACUCAGCUGUCUGGAGGCCAAAAGCAGAGAGUUGCUAUUGCUCGGGCUCUCAUCAGAAACCCUCGGGUUCUUAUUUUGGAUGAAGCCACCAGUGCACUUGAUUCAGAAAGUGAAUACAUUUUUCAGCAGGCUUUGAAUAACUUAAUGCGAGAGCACACGGUUUUAGUGAUAGCUCACCGGUUGAGCACAGUUGAGAGAGCAGACAACAUCCUGGUGAUUGACAAAGGCUCUGUGGUGGAGCAGGGCAAUCAUGCUGAACUCAUGGCCAGAGGAGGCCUCUACUGCAAGCUGGUGCAGAGGCAGAUUCAGGGAACUGAAUUAGAGGUGGAGGAUAUCAGCACAGCCCCUGCCCCAGUACUGAAGAAAGCAGAUGAGGAGAGUGAAGAGGACUGUAAGGACACUGAGUAUGAACCAAGAUACUAAUAGAAGGUUGAUAGCUGUUUUAUUUAAUUGUUGAUGGGAAGUCCUUAACUCUAUAUGAUAUUUUUUAGUAUGUCUGGUACUUUAUCCAAUAAGCAUCUAAAAUGCUUGAUGUACUGUACUGUAAUGUAUAUGUUUUUGCAAAUAUGACUUGUCUUAAAUUAUUUAAUCCAUCAUUAGGGCAAAUAAAGCAAUAAAGUGAAUUGA